UUUGUUCAUUCGCUGACAAUCCGGCAGACCACCAAAGACAAGCUCACCUAUACUCGUCACGAACCAAUUGGUGUCGUCGGUCAAAUCAUCCCAUGGAAUUUCCCAUUGCUCAUGAUGGCAUGGAAACUUCACCUUAUUAAUGAGGCUGGCUUCCCACCCGGGGUGGAUAAUGUCAUCUCUGGUCACGGAAACACUGUCGGUAAUGCCAUCUCCUCGCAUAUGAGGAUAGAGAAGGUCGCCUUCACUGGCUCAACCCUUGUUGGUCGCAAGAUAAUGGAGGCCGCUGUGAAGAGCAACCUCAAGUGCUUCACGGAGAAAACUCAGUGCAAAUAAGAGCCUCGUGUGUCAAGGAAAGCGCUUUUAGCAAGGAAUGCGAGCUCUACCAAUCGAUAGACAUCACGCACCCAGUCACAGGUGAACACAACAGAUGCUCAUCCUCGCACACGUCAAGUACUUCCAUGUGCGCAAAGACAUGCUCACGGGCAGACGCACGAUACCAGCAUCCAUGCCUACACGAUCAUUUUGUUCUUGAAAGCCGUCGUUGAGCCCAAGCCGAGCCACGGCUUUGGCCUGGCUUGGGCUCACGGCUCGGCCUGAGCUUUUGCAAAGCCCAAGCCCCCCAAAGCCGAGCCUAAGCCAGGGCUUUCAGGCCGAGCCGGGCCCGCACAUCACUAGU